CAUUUGUGUAAUUAGUUGAAUAUAUUAACAGAGUGCAUCUUUGCCUACCGAAAGCUAAUACUAUUGAUAAAAGUGCAACUGUCUAUAUAUUAAAGUUUAAUUAGUUGGCAAAAAACUUUAGAUUAUAAUUCUACCUUUUUUUUGUUUAUUAUGAGCACCCAUUGGAUUAGCUUUAUAACGAUCAUUUGCUUUUGUAGCUAGCUCUCUUUACUCCUCCAUAGUAUCUCUUUUCUUUUUCUCUCUCUCCAUCUUUCUCCCAUGGCUAAGUUCUACUGUUUCGGACCAGCUCUUCUUCUUCUGUUACUUCUAAUGGUCCGCACAGAGUCACGCGGUCGGUUUGAGCCGAAAAUUCUUAUGCCGACCGAGAAAGCUAAAUCAACUGAGCAAGAAGACACUAUCGGUACUAGAUGGGCGGUUCUUAUCGCCGGUUCUAACGGUUAUGGAAACUAUAGGCACCAGGCCGACGUCUGUCACGCAUAUCAAAUACUGAGAAAGGGAGGUUUGAAAGAAGAGAACAUAGUCGUUAUGAUGUAUGAUGAUAUCGCAAACCAUCCACUUAAUCCUCGUCCCGGUACUCUAAUCAACCAUCCUGAUGGGGAAGAUGUUUACGCAGGAGUCCCCAAGGUAUGAUUAACGUACCUUUAAUCCA